AUGACAGAACGCCUCCCAAUUCAAACCCAACACUGCCGCUUCUGCAACCACCUCCUACUAGCAACAACGCGCAACAUAGACACACUCCCCCGCCGCAGCGGCGAAGGCAAAGACAAAGCUCUGAUCCUACCACUCGAGCGCAAGAACUCAACAGACGGGGAUAUAGAAGCCGAACUCGAAGAAGAAGCCAAGACAACAGAGACGUCAUCGCGCAAACGACAUGUCUCUAACCACACGACUCUCCUACUGGCUACUACAAUCCCAGACCGACGGGCGACAUUGAUCCGCCGUGAAGACGGGAUUGAGAAGAGGCUUCUUUUGAGGUGUGGGCGGUGCAAGGUUGUUGUGGGGUAUUAUUUGGAUAGGGUGCAUUGGGGAUCUGGGGAUCGGGUGGGGAAGGAAGAUGAGGAGCGGCCUCCGGCUGUUUAUCUUCUUCCUGGGGCUGUUGUGGAGACGGAGAAAUUGGGGGGUGAGGGGGUUGGGGAGAAGGAGUGGAGGGAAUGGGCUGUUUAG